AUGAACAAACUGAACAAAGAUUUCCUCUGGGGAUUUGCGACUGCUAGUUUCCAGAUCGAAGGCUCGACCGACGUCGAUGGGCGCGGUAAGUCCAUCUGGGACGAUUUCUCUCGUUUGCCCGGUAAGACACUCGAUGGCCGCAAUGGCGAUGUUGCUACCGACUCUUACCGCCUCUGGCGCGAGGAUAUCGCACUCCUCAAGCAGUACAAAGUUAAAUCGUACCGCUUCUCUAUUGCAUGGUCGAGAAUCAUUCCCCUUGGCGGCCGUCUCGACCCUAUCAAUCCAAAGGGUAUUGAAUUUUACAAUAAUAUAAUCAAUGAAUUGUUGGAAAACGGUAUCACGCCGUUUGUCACAUUGUAUCAUUGGGACCUCCCGCAAGCCCUACACGAUAGAUAUGGCGGCUGGCUCAACAAAGAAGAGAUCGUAAAAGACUUCACCAAUUAUGCGAGAGUUUGCUUCGAAGCAUUUGGAGAUCGCAUCAAAUAUUGGCUGACAAUGAAUGAGCCAUGGUGCAUUUCAAUUCUCGGAUACGGCCGCGGCGUCUUCGCCCCAGGCCGCUCAAGCGAUCGCUUGCGUUCCCCCGAAGGUGACAGCUCGACUGAGCCUUGGAUAGUUGGACACAACGUGCUACUGGCCCAUGCGAACGCAGUUAAUAUUUAUCGCAGAGACUACAAGCCUCACCAACGUGGUGUUAUCGGCAUCACGCUCAACGGGGAUUGGGCUAUUCCGUACGAUGACGCUCCAGAGAAUAUCGAAUCAGCGCAGCACACGCUAGACGUUGCUAUUGGCUGGUUUGCAGACCCAAUUUAUUUGGGUUCCUAUCCGGCAUACAUGAAAUCAAUGCUCGGCGCACGUCUGCCAACGUUCACGCCCUCAGAAAUUGCAUUGGUGCACGGAUCUUCGGACUUCUACGGCAUGAAUACGUAUACGACAAACCUCACGCGUGCAGGCGGCCCGGGAGGAGACGAGUUCCAAGGGAAAGCGGAAUACACUUUCACGCGACCAGACGGCAGCCAGCUCGGCACACAAGCUCAUUGUGCAUGGCUGCAAACUUAUGCGCCCGGAUUCCGUGCGCUGCUCAAUUACCUUUGGACACGUUACCAGAAACCGAUCUACGUCACCGAGAAUGGUUUCGCAGUCAAAGACGAGGAUCGCAUGCCCAUAGAGCAGGCACUACAGGAUGAUGACCGCGUGGAGUACUUCAAGGGGAAUUGCGAGGCUUUGUUAGCAGCCGUGAAUGAGGAUGGUGUUGACGUCCGUGGUUAUUUCCCGUGGAGUUUCCUUGAUAACUUUGAGUGGGCAGAUGGAUACGUAACAAGGUUUGGUGUCACAUAUGUUAAUUACGAGACACAAGAACGGUAUCCGAAGGCGUCUGCGAAGUUCCUGGUUGAUGUAAGUUUUCACUUAACUACAUAUUGGCCUGAAUGA